AUGGAGGCCCUUCUGCAGCAGUCUCGUUCUAUGUGCCCUUUUCUGAAGCGCACCUCUCCUGGUUCGCUCCGCACUCUCGCCACUGCUACUCGUCCCAGCACCAGCCCGGGCGGUGGUACCAUGUCCAAUCUCCAGGUUCUUGCCCGCCGCUGCCCUGUCAUGAGCAAGGCGCUGGCUGUGCAGAGUGCCCGUCUCAGCGGCACCAAGCGCUUCACCUCGUGUGCCGCCGGUGUUGCUGGGGCUAAGCCCUUCCGCACUCCGUCUCCCCACCGGGCUUUGCACACUACCGGCGGCCACCCCGCCAGUGUUGCUCCUGGGGCCUACGAGAAGAAUGAGCGAGUCCACCCCAAUCUCGCUACUCCCCUCCGACCGAGCCCUACCGCCACCAAUGCCGCGGUCCGCGGUCCCCGCCCGGAAGCCCCGGCCGACGGCCGGUUCAACUACGAUGCAUUUUACAACGCCGAACUGGAGAAGAAACACAAGGACAAAUCGUAUCGGUACUUCAACAACAUCAACCGGCUCGCCAAGGAGUUUCCUCGCGCCCACACUGCCGAUGCCGAGGAACGGGUGACGGUGUGGUGCUCGAAUGACUAUCUCGGCAUGGGCCGCAACCAGCACGUCCUGGCGUCGAUGCACCAGACGCUGGACAACUACGGCGCCGGCGCCGGUGGCACCCGUAACAUCUCGGGCCACAACCAGCACGCCGUCGCUUUGGAAGACACGCUGGCCAAGCUGCACGGGAAGGAGGCCGCGCUGGUGUUCAGCUCGUGCUACGUCGCCAAUGAUGCGACGCUAGCUACCCUGGGAAGCAAGAUGCCGGACUGUGUGAUCCUGUCGGACAGUCUCAAUCAUGCAUCGAUGAUUCAGGGCAUUCGCCACUCCGGUGCUAAGAAGAUGGUGUUCAAGCAUAAUGACCUCGAAGACCUCGAAGCCAAGCUGGCGUCCCUGCCGCCCAAUGCACCCAAGAUCAUUGCCUUUGAGUCCGUCUACAGUAUGUGCGGGUCCAUUGCGCCCAUUGAGAAGAUCUGUGAUCUCGCAGACAAAUACGGUGCCAUCACCUUCCUGGAUGAGGUCCAUGCCGUCGGCAUGUACGGCCCCCAUGGAGCCGGCGUCGCCGAACAUCUUGAUUACGACGCCUAUGCCUCGCAGGAUACUGCUACACCUCAAAGCACUAAGGGCACGGUCCAGGACCGUGUCGAUAUCAUUACUGGUACCCUGGGCAAAGCCUACGGCUGUGUCGGUGGCUACAUUGCCGGCUCUGCGGCUAUGGUUGACACUAUCCGCUCGCUGGCUCCGGGCUUCAUCUUCACCACGUCGCUGCCGCCUGCGACUAUGGCCGGUGCCGACACCGCCAUCCAGUACCAGUCGCAGCAACCGCGUGACCGGGUCCUGCAGCAACUGCACACGCGUGCUGUGAAGACGGCCCUGAAGGAUCUGGACAUCCCUGUCAUCCCGAACCCCUCGCACAUUGUUCCUCUGCUGGUGGGCGACGCCGAGCUGGCCAAGCGCGCCUCGGACAAGCUGCUCGAGGAGCAUGGCAUCUACGUGCAGGCCAUCAACUACCCGACUGUGCCGCGGGGUGAGGAGCGUCUGCGCAUCACCCCGACCCCUGGCCACGUCAAGCCGCUACGCGAUCACCUCGUGCAGGCUGUGCAGGCCGUCUGGAACGACCUGGGCAUCAAGCGCGCCAGCGACUGGCAGAGCGUUGGUGGCUUCGUCGGCGUGGGCGUCGAGGGCGCCGAGGCCGCGAACAGCCCCAUCUGGGAAGACUCCCAGCUGGGCCUGCAGGCCGGCGAGUCCGUCGAGGGCGCCGUCCUGCGUGAGUUCAACGCCGCCGCCGCUCAGAACCCUGCUGUUCGUCCGCUGAAGACUGCCACGCCCCUUGGUGAGCGCGCUCACUCUGCUAUUGGCUCCACCCCGGUCGGUGUGGCCGCCUAA